AUGGCGGAAGAAAAAAGCUUCAAGUAUGUGAUAAUCGGUGGUGGUGUCUCCGCCGGAUACGCAGCGAGAGAGUUCGCUAAUCAAGGUGUUAAACCUGGAGAACUUGCUAUCAUUUCAAGAGAAGUUGUGCCUCCAUAUGAACGUCCUGCACUUAGCAAAGGAUAUAUCAACCUCGCGAAUAAAGCUACACUUCCUGGUUUUUAUGUCUGUGCUGGAAGUGGAGGAGAGAGACAGUUCCCUCAAUGGUACAAAGACAAAGGUAUUGAGUUGAUCCUGGACACAGAGAUUGUGAAAGCAGAUCUUGCUGCAAAGACACUUGUCAGUGGUACUGGACAAGUCUUCAAGUACCAAACUUUGAUAGCUGCAACUGGUUCUUCUGUCAUAAGGUUGUCAGAUUUUGGAGUCCAAGGUGCAGAUGCUAAGAACAUAUUCUACUUGAGAGAACUCGGUGAUGCUGAUCACCUCGCGUAUGCAAUGGAAGUAAAGGAGAAAGGAAAAGCCGUGGUUGUUGGUGGCGGUUACAUUGGUCUUGAACUCAGUGCUGCUCUGAAGAAUAACAAUCUUGAAGUUACAAUGGUUUAUCCAGAACCUUGGUGCAUGCCUCGGCUUUUUACUGCUGGUAUUGCUUCGUUCUACGAGGGUUACUACGCCAACAAAGGGAUCAACAUUGUCAAAGGAACCGUUGCAGCCGGUUUCAGCACUAAUUCAGCUGGAGAGGUUACUGAGGUGAAAUUGAAGGACGGAAGAACGUUAGAAGCUGAUAUAGUGAUUGUAGGUGUUGGCGCUAGACCUAUUAUAUCACUCUUCAAAGGUCAAGUUGAAGAAGAGAAAGGUGGCUUGAAGACCGAUGCGUUCUUCAAAACAAGUGUUCCAAAUGUAUACGCCAUUGGUGAUGUAGCAACCUUCCCAAUGAAACUCUACAACGAAAUGAGACGCGUUGAACACGUUGAUCAUGCUCGCAAAUCUGCUGAACAAGCCGUCAAGGCAAUCAUGGCAGCAGAGGAAGGGAAAUCUGUUCCUGAAUAUGAUUAUCUUCCAUACUUCUACUCUCGAGCAUUUGAUCUCUCGUGGCAAUUCUACGGUGACAAUGUUGGAGAAACCGUAUUGUUUGGAGACAAUGACCCGAAAUCGGAGAAGCCAAAAUUCGGAAGCUACUGGAUCAAAGAAGGAAAGUUAAUCGGAGCGUUUUUAGAAGGUGGAACUCCUGAAGAGAACACGGCAAUUGCUAAAGUUGCACGAGCACAACCUUCUGUUGAGAGCCUUGACGUGUUGACCAAGGAAGGUCUUUCCUUCGCCAACAAGAUAUGA